CCUUCAUAUAGCAUGGAGUCCUUGGUGCUGCUCCUCUGCCUGGUGGUGGCUCCCUGCUGUGUCCUGUCCCAGGUGCAGCUGAAGGAGUCAGGACCUGGCCUGGUGAAGCCUUCAGAGACCCUGUCCCUCACCUGCACAGUGUCUGGAUUCUCUUUAACUGAUUAUGGUGUGCACUGGGUCUGUCAGCCUCCAGGGAAGGGACUGGAGUGGAUCGGUGUGAUAUGGAGUGGUGGAGGUACAGAGUAUAACUCAGCCCUUCAAUCUCGAGUGAGCAUCAGUAGGGACACUUCCAAGAGCCAACUCUCACUAUCAUUGAGAAGCCUGAGAUCUGAGGACACAGCCGUAUAUUACUGUGCAAGAUACACAGUGAUGGGAAAUCAGUGUGAGCCCAGACGCAAACCUCCCUGCAGGGGCUCCCAGGAGACAGGGGGCAGGCAGGACACACUGAGCUCUUGUUGGGCCCAGAAACAGGUGCAGGAUCCUGGGUCUGCUUUGCUGUUAGACUCUGGUUUUCUCUUCCUGUCCCCAACUUUGCUAAAGAACUUCUGCAGUGUCUUCUUCAUGCAUGAACGUGGAACCCUUCCCAACGGGCGUCACAACCCAGUAGCAGCCGUCGCCCAAGUUCAGUUGGCCGGAGACGGCAACAGCGAACAUGCUGAGCUGCUUCUCCAGUUCGCGAGGCCGCAGCCUCAGGACCCCAGGCAGAGAAAGUAUCUGUGA